UGCCUUUGAAAAUACUUCUGUUUCCUCCUCUGACGAUAAGGUGAAGCAGAUUGAGUGGCUCAUCUGGAAAUGUCUGCACUGAAUCCAUGUGGUGCUGCCUUGUGAGUGGAUAUUAGCAUCUGUAUGCAAGGAUCACAAGAAGUGUCAUGUCCUCUAUAGAUAAACUUCCAUGUAUUCAACUUUAAAAUACAUUUCUUGUGCAUGUCUCAUCUUGAGAACUGUGUUUAAGAGCCUGCUCCCCAAACAGACAAUGGGCUUGCAGCGACCUUUCAACAGACUUCAGUUUUUCCACCUGGUUGCAGACUGACAGCAAGAAUAAGGAGGGAAUCCAUUGCUAAUGUUCAUACAUUUUUUUCCUUCUAACUUUGCAACAUUGUAAUAGUUAAAAGCAGUCCAAAUACAGGUUUCAGUACAUGUAAAUUUGACAUUGUCAGGUGAUGGAAAAUUUGCUUCAUUCUAAUGAUAAAUCUAAGCUUUUUAAAGAUUUUAAAAAUAAUUAAAAUAAUUAAGGCAUUAAGAAAUAAGCAAAGAUAACUGUCCUUCACCUAAGUAAAAGCAUGCAAAUGAGAAUCAAUUUAUCUGAAGAAUAGGUUUGAUGAAUUUCCCAUAUUCUGAACUCUUUUAAGAGAAAGUGAGUUUCAACAUGUACAUUGUUCCCUUGCAUUAAAACAAAAUUAAUUAAACAAGAAGUCAGCAUUUAAAGAGUAAUGCAGGAACACUGCAUUAAAAUUAUCAUAGAAAAACCCCCUUUUUUCUGUUGCAAAUAUUCUUACUAAAUAGUAGAAAAAAGCUAUGUUUUAUUUGUUCACUGAGUAUCUAGUAUAGAGAGUAUAUAGUCCUGCUGGUAGAACAGAAAAAUUGAAACUUUAAAUUAAGACCUGUAAUAACUCAAUAAAUAUAUAAUGAUCACAGUAAAAUGUGUAAAAUUCUAUCAAGCAAAAUCCAAUAACAAGUGCAAAUAUGGCAGAUAAAAUGAUUGUCUGCAGUUAACCUGCAAGCUUCAGGGGAUAAUGAGAGCUUGCAUAUUUAUGUACUUAGCAAGUUUAUAAUUUCUUUCAGCUUUCAUAAUUUUUUUUUUAGUUUUGACUAAAUGUUAUAAUUCCAUGUAUUUAAUCGAGUUAAUUUAGCCUUUAUCAAAUCCCUUAAUGUAUUUUUAUACAGAAGAAGAUAAUCAAGGCUUUUCAUGCAAACCUCUGCACUGGGGUUGUGACACAGAGGGCUCAGAUCUCAAAAAGCAGUUCAUGCUCUUUCAGGAGCUAAGCCAUCCCUUGGUGUCUCUGCUGACCCUCCUCCAAAGCACCAAGAAGUGAAAGCUAGGAGACUGUAGAUGCUUGGAAAAGCUGAGCCUGUGCUCUCAGGGCUCUUAUGCCUGAGCCGAGCCCACUCCAUGGUUGUUGGGUGGAUGGUAGGGAGUUCCUUUUGAGAGGUGCUUCAUGCAGCUGCAAUGUUUAGACUUUAGGGGAAAAAAAAAAAAGAGUGAAGAAAACAAGUUGUUCUACCCGGGAGAGGCUGGCACCACUGGCAGGUAGCCUGCCAAAGCAGUGGCAGCACGAGAAACCUGCCUUCUUCUGCACAGCUUUUGUAUCGGUGAUUGUGGGAAAGUUUUGCAAUCACCGUAAGAAGGAAAUCCAAGGUUUAAAAAACAUGUGGUGAAGUGCUCCACUUCUCGGAGCAGGCAGCACUUUGGCUGUGAUGUUGCACUGGCUCCAAGCCUGGAAGCCCUCGGGCACGGGAAAGAAACAGCCUGACACCGCUCUGACACAAAAGUCAGAUGUUUCACAGAGUUAAUCAUCAGCAAAAUACAAAUCAAUACAGAAUGUAUUUGCUUUAGAGAACUCUGUCUUUCAGCUCCUAUCCUGUCAAGAUUGGGGAAGACCUGUCUAUCAGACCUGGAGAAGGAAAACCAUGGACAGACCAAUCGCUGCUGGCCAGCUUAAAGAAAAAUCACUGUUCCAGGACAGUGAUGGCAGUGCAGUUCCUGCCAAGACUAUGUGCCAUAAUUGUUCAAAGCUAAAGAUAUUUCUUGGAGCUCUAGCUUUUUCCUUUUUUGCCAAAGGAUUUUCUGGAAGCUACAUGAAGAGCAUGUCCAGUCAAAUUGAAAGGAGAUUUGAAAUCUCAUCAUCGAUUUUUGGCAUUAUUGAUGGCAGCUUUGAGAUAGGUAACUUAAUGGUGAUGGUGUUGGUGAGUUACCUUGGACCAAGAGUUCAUCGGCCAAAAAUAAUUGCUGUUGGGUGUCUCAUCAUGUCUGUAGGAGCCUUUUUGUCAGUGAUGCCUCAGUUCCUAACGGGACGUUACAAUUAUGAAAGGAUAACUGUUAGUGUGGACAACUCCUCCACGAGUGUGUCAGCUUGCUCCCCAGUGUCAUCUGAGGGCCUUCCAGUCACAGAUGCUACAGAAACACCCAGCACAAUGAUAAAUGUUGGAUGUGAAAAAACAACAAAUUCCUAUCUGUGGCUCUUUGUGUUGGUGGGGAACCUUUUACGUGGAAUUGGGGAAGCACCAAUUAUGCCACUGGGAGUUUCAUAUAUCGAUGAUUUUUCUAAAGAAGAAAACUCAGCAUUUUACAUAGGCCUGGUGAGAUCCUCGGGCAUGUUUGGGCCGACCCUGGGCUUCCUGCUUGGCUCGUUCUGUGCCAGUCUCUGGGUUGACAUUGGCAUCGUGAACACUGAUGCCAUUAGCAUAAAUCCUAAGGAUACCCGUUGGGUUGGUGCCUGGUGGCUUGGAUUGCUUAUCUGUGGAGCAGUCAACUUCAUUGCUUCAUUGCCUUUCUGGUUUUUGCCCUAUUCCUUACCAAAGGAAGAAGAGAAUGAAAACUUGAAGAUUAGUCACUUGUCUGUUCAAGGAGAUCACUGUAAAAUAGACCCCCCAGCUCAGCCACAGUUAAAGUUCUCAGAGGCAGUAAAAGAUUUCUUGCCAGCACUCAGGAAGCUGUUUGGAAAUUCAAUUUUCGUGGUGUUCAUCUUCCUCACUAUUCUGCAGUACAAUUCCCUUGUUGGGAUGAUAACCUAUGAGACAAAGUUUAUGGAGCAGCAAUUUAAUGUAUCAGUGGCAAAAGCCAUCUUUCUAAUUGGUGUGAUACUUUUACCUAUCACAAUCCUAGGGAUGUUUCUAGGAGGCUUCCUGAUCAAGAAAUUCAAGCUUCACAUAACUGAAAUGGCCAAGUUUGCAUGCAUCACCUUUAUAGUGGCAUAUCUGCUAAACCUCCUGUACUUCACGUGUAACUGUGAGGUGCUCCAGGUGGCUGGUCUGACAGCGCCCUACUCUGGAACGAAGCACCUUUCCUCCAGCAAGCACAUCUACAUGGCCAGUUGCAAUGCUGAGUGCGGCUGCAAGGUGGAUCAGUGGGACCCCGUCUGUGGGGAUAAUGGGAUCACAUACACGACAGCCUGCUUUGCGGGAUGCAAAUCAUCAUCUGGCACGGGAAGGAACAUGGUGUUUCACAAUUGCAGCUGUGUGGAAGGACAAGGGCUCGGGCCUGGCAAUUCAUCUGCAGUUUUGGGACAAUGCCAAAGAGAAAGCUGUACCAAAGCCUUUCCCUAUUUUUUAGCAUUACAGACUGCGUGUGCAUUUAUUUUAGCCUUAGGAGGCACUCCUACAUACAUGAUUAUGUUUAGAUCUGUUUCACCAGACCUGAAAUCCUUUGCUGUAGGGAUAGAAACUUUGGGUGGUAGAGUACUAGGAGGACUCCCAGCCCCUAUUUAUUUUGGUGCCUUGAUAGACGAGACCUGCUUAAAAUGGGGGACAAAAAGCUGUGGGGGAUCUGGAUCUUGCCGAGUGUAUGACACAAAAGAAUUCAGGAAUGUCUAUCUUGGCCUCAUUGCAGGACUACGGGCAGGAUGCUGUCUCUUGUACAUAGUGCUCUCUGUUUUAAUUAUGAAACACUUCAAACCAGAUGGCAAAGAGAUGACAGAUACUAAAAAUGCAGAAAGAUCAACCAGCAAAGAACUAGAUACUGCCAACAAAAGAGAAAUUCUUCCUGGUUUAAGAACCUCAGAGGAGAGUGAGGAAACUUAUAUGUAAAAAGAAACAAGGUCUUUUGUAACUUUGCCUAUGCUUCAGUUUUUCUGAGCACAAAAGGAGUCUAAUUACUGACUUCAACAACUAUUUUACAUUUUGGGAGUUCAAAAAAUAUCCUUGAAACAUUGGCUUUAUAUUUGCUUUACCCAAUUGUCUUCCUUUUCUCAUCUGAAACAACAAUAAGGUGAAAAGGUGUUCAAAAUUUUGGGGCAUUCUCUCAUCCUCUUGCUCUCAGUCCCUUUCUAGACCAACCGUAGGACAAGCCAAAAUUUUUCAAGUGUCAUAAAUUUGAUUAUGAUUGAAAAAUUAAGAAGAAGAAAUCCACAACAAGCUGCUUUGACAUUUUUCACUGAGUUUAUUUUGAGUCCUCUUGCUCUGUAUUUAGUCCUACAGCUCUACAUGGCCAAUCAAGUUUCACUUGGGCUUCUCUGAUGGCCUUUGCUGUGGGGUUCAUGGCCAGAGUUCAUUGUUCCAGAUUCAGUCCCAUGUGCCAUGGCCAGGUGAGACCCCCAGGGCUGUUCAGAGCACCCUCUGAACUCAAACUGCACUACAGCUCUGGGGUUUGGCUUGAAAGUGUUAAACAGUCAAAGUGGAAAGCAAAUGAAGAAAGUGGUGUGUUAAUUUUGCAGCACAUCUCAGUAAUGGGUUUGAGAAAGAUUACUCUGAACUGAUGCAAUAAAGUGAUAGGUGUUUAAGUA